UUUUUAGAAUUAAUCACAUGACUAUUAUUAGCGCCCUAUAAAAGCGCCUGUUGGCGCAAAAGCGCACUUAUUGACGCUUAUACUUUUAAGGAAAAUUACAUUGAAUUACAUUUGUUAGUAAAAAGAACUGAAUAAUUUUAUACUUUCAAAUAAAUACUUACACGUGGAAAAUGAGAGUAAAUAUCAUAUCUGAAAAAGGUAUAUUUCAUGCUAUUGAUUUUGUCGAGGGGAGUCCAGAAUUUACAUCAAUGGUGUCAUUAAUCAAAGAAAAUUUUCCUCAUAUACAGAGGUACACUCUUCAAUGGAAAGACAGUGAUGGAGAUAUGAUUACGCUUUCCUCCCAAGAAGAGCUGAAUGAAGCAAUCACCUACAGAACCUCCUGGGAUCUCAAUAUCUAUAUAACAGAAUUCUCUGACGAAAAUUUGAGUGGGUUGUACGGUACAGAAGAUACUGGUUUAAACAGACGUGAUAGUACCACACAUCACAAUACACAUCAAACAAAUCCACACUGGGACAGAAUAAAAUGUUGUAAAAGAGUGGAAGCAGUAAUGGAGGAAUCUCCAGAUAGUCUGCCGGAUUUCUUUUCAAUUACUAGAGUUCCGUGUAAAAUCCAUCGUCGGAAACCCACGGUCGGUCUCGCUUCUCUUACCUUUCUUACCUCUUAG